AUGGGCGGAUCGGAGGGGUUACGAGGGGAUGUAGAGUGGCGGAACAGGGCGCUGGCGGUAGCACAUGACACGAACGAGCCGCAAUUACGCCAACAGUGCGGACCGCGAUGCAGCGUGGUGAGAUGCGGCGUGGUGAAAUGCGGCGUAUCGUCCCCCGCGCAGCGCCCCUACGUGGCGGUGCUGAUAGUACCCACGGGCGUGGGCGCAGAGAUCGGGGGGUUCGCGGGGGACGCGCUGCCGGUGGCGCGCGCGUUCAGCAGCGUGGCGGAGUGUCUGAUCGCGCACCCCAACGUGCUCAACGGCGCCAUGCUCUACUGGCCGCUGCCGCGCGCGCUCUACGUGGAGGGCCACGCGCUGGACCGCUUCGCGCGCGGCGAGUGGGGGCUGCAGCCCGCGCACAGCAACCGCGUGGGGCUGGUGUUCGACCGCGCCAUCGAAGACGACCUCCUCCUCCGCCACCUGCAGGUCCCUGCUGCCCCCGCUCCCCCUUGCCCCGCUGCCCCUUGCACCGCUCCCCCUUGCCCCGCUCCCCCUUACCUGCAUGUGCCCUUAUCACCUUGCUCCACAUGUUCCCCAUCCCACUUGCCCCCGGCCCCACCUGCGCCCCGCCCCACAUUUCCUUCGCCUCUGCAGGUGGCAGACGCAGCGAGGGCGACACUGGGAAUCGACAUAGUGGGGUACACCAUCACUGACCGCCCCCUCAAGCAGGUGCACAAGUGGGUGGACGGCGCCACAGGAGCAGCCACGGGGCGAAUCGACGAGGCGGACUCGCUGCUGCGCGCCGUGCAGACUCUCCUCGACACCCCCAUCGCCGCCCACCCGCCCUCCCACGUGCACGCCCUCUCGCCCGCAGCAGCACCCACUGCCGGGGCGCGUGGGGUGGACGCGGUGGGAGUGGUGGCACGGUUUCCUGACGACGCAGAGGAGGCGCUGCAGCAGUACCGCGAGGGGAGCGGGGUGGACGUGCUGGCGGGCGUGGAGGCCGUCAUCUCCCACCUCGUUGUCCACCGCUUCCAACUGCCUGCUGCCCACGCCCCGCCCUCGCCCCCCUGCCCCUCCUCCCCUCCAUCGCCCCCCGCUCUGCCGCUGAAGAGGUGGGCGCUCAGCGAUAUCGGGCACACGUUCCUGCCAUGUGUUCUGGCAGGCCUCUCGCGUGCCCCCCGCCUUGUCUCCCGCCAUGCCCCUCCCGCCACCGCAGCCGAGCGCACAGGGGCAGGCGGGGGGCAGGAGGGGCAGGAGGCGAUUGCGAGCAGCAUUCCCACCAUCAUUGGUGGCGCAUGGGACUACAGCAGAGAUGCUCGCAGCAGCAGCAGCGGCAGCGGCACGGGCAUGAGCAUUCAGAGCAUGGGGGGCGGCAGCGGGGUGGUGUGGGCGGAGGACGUGGACUGUGUGGUGCUGCCCGCCGAUGCCUUCGGGGGCCCUGCCGCCCACGCCCUCGCUCACCGCCCAGGCGGCCCGGUCAGUGCUGCAUUGCAUGCUGCCAUGCUACCCUGCUGUCACUGCUCUGGCUUCACAGCAACAUGCUUCACUUCACAGCAUCCGCUGUUCAUAGCGGUGGAGGAGAACAGCACCGUCAUGGACGACCCACCCUCCAAGCUUGGCAUCCCUGCUGUGGUGGUGGGCAACUACUGGGAGGCGUUGGGGGUGAUGGCAGCACACAAGGCAGGGGUGAGCCCGUGGUCGCUGCGCCGCCACGCCAUCUCCCACAUCCCACGCAUCCACCCCGCCCGCUCUUGA